AUGCAAUUUCAACUGACCUUUCUUUUGCACCUUGGGUUGCUAAGUUAUGUGGACGCUCAAGAAGAAUGCAGCAGAGAUGCCUGUCACCCCCCAACCGGCGAUCUCCUGGUGGGUCACAGCGGGCAGCUCACAGCUUCUUCUACCUGUGGACUGGACAGAGCCCGGAAAUACUGCAUCCUCAGCUACCUCGAGGGGGAACAAAAAUGCUUCAUCUGUGAUUCCAGAUUUCCAUAUGAUCCACACACCCAACCCAACAGCCACACCAUCGAGAACGUAAUCACAAGUUUUGAACCAGAGAGAGAAAAGAAGUGGUGGCAAUCUGAAAAUGGUAUGACCACGUCUUGUCAUGUCAGCAUUAGACUGGACCUAGAGGCCUUAUUUCAGCUCAGUCACCUUAUUCUGACCUUUAAGACUUUUCGACCUGCUGCAAUGUUAGUUGAACGCUCCACAGAUGGACACACCUGGAGAGUGUUCAAAUAUUUUGCCAAAGAUUGUGCUACUUCCUUCCCUAACAUCAUAUCUGGCUAGGCCCAGGGAGUGGGAGACCUUGUUUGUGACUCCGAAUAUUUGGAUAUUGAACCCGCCACUGGUGGUAAGGUUGUUUUAAAGGUGUUGGAUCCCAGCUUUGAAAUAGAAAACCCUUACAGCCCUUAUAUCCAGGACCUUGUGACAUUAACAAACCUGAGGAUAAACUUUACCAGGCUCCAUACUCUUGGGGAUACUUUGCUUGGAAGAAGGCAAAAUGAUUCCCUUGAUAAAUACUACUAUGCUCUGUAUGAGAUGGUGAUUCGUGGAAGCUGUUUUUGCAAUGGCCAUGCUAGCGAAUGUGUUUCAACACAGAAGACGCGCAGUGAUGUUUUCAGCCCUCCAGGCAUGGUUCACGGUCGCUGCAUCUGUCAGCACAACACAGAUGGCCCACACCGUGAGAGGUGCAAGGACUUCUUCCAGGAUGUUCCUCGGAGGCCAGCUAUGGGCCUCCGGGACAGUGCUUGCUGAGCUUGUCACUUUAACGGCCACUCUGACUGCUGUCACUUCGACAUGACUGCAUACCUGGCGCGCGGGGGCCGCAGUGGGGGCAUGUGUGACGACUGCCAGCACAACACCCAGGGCCAGCACUGUGACCGCUGCAGACGUCUCUUCUACAGGGACCCCCGUAAGGCCAUCUCAGAUCCUGACACGUGCAUUCCUUGUGAGUGUGACCCUGAUGGGACCAUUUCAGGUGGGCUUUGUGUGAGCCACUCUGAUCCUGACUUGGGGUCUAUGACCGGCCGAUGCCUGUGUAAGGAGAAAGUGGAAGGAGCAAAAUGUGACAGAUGCAAGCCAGACCACUAUGGACUGGGCGCCCCGGACCCCCUCGGCCAUCAGUCCUGCGACUGUCACCCCCUUGGGAGUCUGCUGCCCUUGACCUAUGAUGUGGAUACAGGCCAAUGCUUGUGUCAGCCAUUUGCUACUGGACUACACUGUGAAGAAUGCACUGCUGGAUACUGGGGACUAGAAAAUCACCUCCAUGGAUGUUCUCCCUGUGACUGUUAUAUUGGAGGCGCUUAUUCCAACACGGAAGUCAGUAAAAUGAGUGAGUGCUCACCCAAGAAUGGGCAGUGUGAUUGUCACCCCCACAUUAUAGGUCGCAGCUGCACUGAGCCAGCGCCUGGCUAUUUCUUUGCUUCUUUGAAUUUCUACCUCUACGAGGCAGAGGAAGCCACACCACUUCAGAGACUGGCACCUUUGAGCUCGGUGACUUCUGACCAACUGCCUGCUGUUUCCAUCUUUCUCCAAGAGCCAGUUCCUGGGAUGCCCGUUACAUGGACAGGACCUGGAUUUGCCAGGGUUCUCCCUGGGGCUGGUUUGAGAUUUGCUGUGGGGAACAGCCCUGUUCCCAUGGAUUUCACAGUUGCCAUUCGCUAUGAAACUCGGUCUGCAGAUGACUGGACCAUCCAGAUGGUGAUUAACCCCAUUGGAGCAAGCAAGCACUGCACACGCGAGACCCCGCAGCCAAAGCCUCAGGCUUUUCCAGCAGCUUCCAGAAUCAUGCUAUUUCCCACACCCAUCUGUUUAGAACCAGAUGUACAAUAUUCCCUUGAUGUCUAUUUUUCCCAGCCUUUGGAAGGGAGGUUCAAGGCUCAUUCACACAUCCUGGUUGAUUCCCUUGGUUUUAUUCCCCAAAUCAACUCACUGAAGAAUUUCUGCAGCAAGCAGGAUUUAGAUGAAUAUCAGCUACACAACUGUGUUGAAAUUGCCUCAGCAUUGGGACCUCAGGUGCUCCCUGGAGCAUAUGAAAGGCUUAUAGCCAGUUUGUCUGCCAGGCUGCACAAUGGGGCCGUGGCUUGCAAGUGUCAUCCACAGGGCUCGAUGGGACCCAGCUGCAGCCGACUGGGAGGCCAGUGCCGAUGUAAGCCUGGUGUGACUGGCCGCUGCUGUGACACGUGCUCAACAGGAAGCUAUGGUUUGGGGCAACGUGGCUGUCACUCUUGUCACUGCCACCCUCAAAGGUCACAGAGCGCCAUAUGUGACCAAGUAGCGGGACAGUGACCCUGCCAUGGAGAAGUGGCCGGCCGCCAUUGUGACCGGUGCCUGGCAGGCUACUUCGGAUUUCCCAACCGCUGCCCCGUUUGUAAUGGGUUUGCUGAACUUUGUGAUCCAGAAACUGGGUCAUGUUUCAACUGUGGCGGAUUUACAACUGGGAGAAACUGUGUGCAGUGUGGAGAAUGCUCUGCUGGUUUCUAUGGAAAUCCAAGAAUUUCCAGAGCACCCUGCCGGCCAUGUGCCUGUAACAACAAUAUUGAUGUAACUGAUCCAGGGUCCUGCAGCCCAGUCACAGGGGAGUGCCUUAAAUGUCUGUACAACACUCAGGGCCCCAACUGCCAGCUCUGCAAACCAGGUUACUUUGGAUCGGCCCUCAAUCAGACCUGCACGAGGUGCUCUUGUCACCCCUCUGGCGUGGGUCCCACUGAGUGUCCCCCCAGUGGGGAACCUUGCCUCUGUGACCCUGACACUGGCAUGUGCCCAUGUCUGCCCAGCGUCACAGGCCGGACCUGUGACCACUGUGCUGAUGGAUACUGGAAUCUGGUCCCUGGCAGAGGAGGUCAGCCAUGCGAUUGUGACCCCCGGACCUCGCUCAGCAGCCGCUGUGACCAGCUUACAGGCCAGUGUGCGUGUAGAUUAGCCUAUGAUGGGAAACGCUGCUCUGAGUGUGAGGAAAAUCAUUAUGAGGAUCUAGGCCGAUGCAUUCCAUGUGACUGCAACAAGGAAGGUUCCCAGAAGCCGGUCUGUGACCAGGACACAGGCACGUGUCGAUGCCAGGAGGGCAUUAGCGGCCCUCGAUGUGAUCGCUGUGCCCGGGGUCAUGACCAGGAAUUCCCCACUUGUCUUUGGUGUCACUUGUGCUUUGAUCAAUGGGACCACACUAUUUCUUCCCUCUCCACAGUGGUGCAAGGGUUAAUUAGGCUGGCUGCUAACAUGGAAGAUAAAAGAGAGACCCUGCCUGUCUGUGAGGCCGACUUCAAAGGCCUCAGAGAAAACAUGUCUGAAAUAGAAAGGAUUUGGAGACAUCCUGUUUUCUCAUCUGAGGAAUUCUCAAAAGUCAAGGAUUAUCAUGACUCUGUUCGUAAACAAAUCAUGCAACUAAGUGAGCAGCUGAAAACAGUGGAUGAAUUUGAAGACCUGAAAGAAACAAUAGUGAGGAGUGAAACAAACUUCUUACUUGAAGAUCUUCAGGAAGGAAAUGAUUUGCACUCCAGUGCCUGGAAUGCAAGCCUCAUGGAUUUUUCAAAGAACAUCAAGAAGUAUUAUCAGAGUUCUUUAUCUACUGAAAAGAAAACUAAUGAAACUACAUCCAUCAUAAACAACUCCAAAAAUACCAGGAAUUACUUACUUAGCAUCUUAGAUACACUAACCUCAAAAGAAGACUUGUCAUUGGAGAAAUUAAAGCAGAUCAAGAUGCCAAAUAUUCAAAUAUUGCAAGAAAAGGUGUGUGGAGCAGGAGAGGACCCAGCCUGCGUGCUCUCGUCCUGCGGCGGCCCGAGCUGUUACGGCUCCCCAGCCCUCUCAACGAAUGCCCUGCAGAAAGCUCAGGAAGCAGAGUCUGUGCUUCACAGUUUGAACAACCAAGUUCACAGGUGGAAGAAACAGAACAGAAAUAUAAGUAAACUGGCAGAAGUUUGCAAAAAGGGUGCAUUACAGCUAAGAAAGAAACUGAGGAAUAUGAAAAACCAAAGUGAAUCUGAAGAAGAAAAAAUGAAUCUUCUAGUAAAAAAACUGAAAAUAUUUUUGUUAGAGGAACGCGUGCCUCCAGAGGACGUAGAGAAGGUGGCAAAUCGUGUACUUGACAUCCACCUCCCAAUAACAUCGCAAAAUCUAACCCAUGAACUUGACAAAAUACAGAAACUUAUGCAACUCUGUGAGGACUACAGGACAGAAGAGGACAGGCUAAACAAAGCAGCAGAUGGAGCCCAGGAGGUUUUGGUGAAGGCAAAAGCAGCUGAAAAAGCAGAAAAUGUUCUAUCAAAUCUCAGCAAAAUGUUGAAUAAGUUGCAACAAGUUCAGAUCACUCAAGGACGGGCAGAUUCUACCAUCACACAGCUGACUGCCGAGAUAACAAAAUUCAGAAAGGACGAACUUCAGGCUGAAAAUCAGGCCCAGGAGAUGAAGAAUAAGCUGGACGUAGCAAAGCACCAGUCAGCGUUGGAGGGUGGACUUGCCCAGCUGCAGACCACACUGCAGAGGAAUCGAGGAGAGGCUGGCCAUGCACGAGCUCAGGCUGAAGCAGCCCGGCACCAGGCUGGGGGUCUUGAGGAGGAGUUUGUUGAGCUACAGAAUCAAUAUGCUGUUCUUCAGCAUAAGAUGAGCAUAUCAGGGCUGACGAAGGAAACAUUAGGAAAAGUGAAACAGCCAGAAGGUGCGGCAGCAAAACCGGCUGGAGACACAGAGGACAAGAUGGGAAGAAGAGAAGAUUUGGAAAAGAAGAUCUAAGCUUUGAAACUUAGUAAACAAGAAAAAGCUGAUCAGCUGAAACAGUUGGAAGAUCAAGUCAUUGCCAUUAAAAAUGAAAUUGUCGACCAAGAAAAUAAUUAUGCUACCUGCUACAGUUAGGUGGAGUUAAAGUACAGAAUCAUGUGUGCCUUCAUUUCUGGCUUCUGAUGAGCAAACCUGAGGAGCUGUGCUGAAGCUGAGAAGCACAAAUGACCAGCCUUUUCUGCCUCCUCCUCUGAGCCCUCUCCUUGCCCAGCAUGGCUGGGGAGUGAAGUCUGACCAAGGAAAUGCCACUUCAUAUGGAAUAGAAAUGGAGUAGUAAAAAGAUCAUCUCUAGUUUCAGAAAAUUUUGCUUUUGCCUUCCUCUCCUUUCAUAGCUUAAAAAUAAUGACUUGCAUGUUACAAGUGUAAAUCUAUAAAUAAGUAUGUAUUUAUACUCAUUUCAAUCCAAUGGCCUAAGUGUUAAAUAAGUUGCUAGCACUUGGGGUUGGGGGAGUGGGGAGUUCUAAUCAACAGGCAGGAUGUUUCAGUUAAACAAGAUGAGUACAUUGUAAAGAUCUACUGCAUAUUAUACAUAUAGUCAGCGAUAACAUAUUAUACACUUAAAAAGCAAUGAGUAUAAAUCUCAUAUUAAAUGUUAACAAUAAGAUAAAAAUGAAUUUAAACAAAUUAAACUAAUAUCUCUAAUACUAGAAUGGCAUAAAUAUGGAUGGCAUAUACUAGA